GAAUAACAAUUUAGGUGCGGGAAAAAGUACUCUGGGAAACUUACUUCUCGAGAAACCACUUAAUGAUGGCCCUUUUUAUACUUCAGCGAAUAUAGAUGAAACACUUGAAAAAAUUGCAAAAUCUAUUAAUAAAUGUGAUCAAGGUGUAAAAGCUAUUCUUAUAGUUUUUGAAGCGCUUCGGUUUACUAACGAACAGAAAGAAGUUUUGAGCAGAAUAAGAGGUUUUCUUGGAAAAGAUGCAACGAACCAUAUUAUCGCUGUUUUUUCUCAUGCAAACAAAAGGCAGACCGAAAGUAGAGAUGAAAUGAAGAAGACUUGGAACAAUCCCGUUCAAUUAUUUAUUCAAAAUGUUGGAAAUCGUUGGGGGAUCUCUCCAAAUCCUGAUAUUUUUUCGCCUAACGACUCAGUUUAUGGUACAAGAUUAAAAGAAAUCAAAGAUUUAAUAAAUGGAAUACAAGGAGUUUACGCAACCGAACAGCUUGAAAAAAAUCUGCGUGAACUAGAGGAGGCUCGACAAUUAGAAGUUUCUGAAAAUAAUGCAAAACGAGAACAUGAGAGGAGGAUGCUGGAAUUAAAAAAUCAAGAAAAUCAAGCAAAUCAAGCUAAAGCUGUCGGUCAAACACAAGCAAAUGUAAAGAAAAACGAUUCUGAGCUAGAGGUCGGUUUAGCAGGAGUAGGAGCUACGGCGGGUAUCCCUUUUGGGCCAAUUGGUAUGGCUAUAGGUGCUACUUCAGGUGCUGCUGUAGGUGCUGUAGUUAACAAAUUAAAGAAAUUUUUUGUUUAA